AUGCGGGUCCAAGAUUUUGUUUUCAUCGCCGUAUUCUUAUGGCCUAUUGUUGUCGGAUCGGCUCACUUAGACCGAAGAACGACGCAGCUCUUCGACUUUGAGGACAUUGAAAUCCCCGUUACCGGUGUCGUCACUCCCAUCACGAUCUACAAAGGCGUUCAGUUCACCUCCAUCUCCGCAGGAGCGCUGGGCGUCGCAAACAUAACUUUCCUGGGUAUCAGGCCAAAAACCCCACCGCAAGUCGCCUCAACAGCGUUCCGCAGCACGCUGCCCGACCUUAAACCCGCAUCUGUGACGGUUGACUACCCAGAUUCACCUUACAAGUCGAUCGAAUUAGUCUCUCUCUACCUCCAUUGCGUAGCCGCACUAGGCACCGGUCUCUUCUCAGCGCUGGUCCAAUGUAAGAUCAACUUCGAGUGUUUCGGCUCAGAUGGCAAGCUCAAAGCCGAAAAGGAGGUCGAGUAUAAACCGGACACGCCGCUCCUUAUCCCUGUUGAGGAGCAGAAGAAAGUCAACUUUGAAUCCAAAUUUGUGGGUUGCAAGGAUAUCAAGUUCGCAUUGCUUUUCUGCUCAUCUUUCUCCUCGCGCUUUCUACGAGCCAAACGAGCGACCCCAGAUGAUAACGCGUACAGCCAGAGCAUCAUUAUGACCAUAAUCGCAGCGGAAAUGGCACCGAAGAUGAAGAAGCCCAGCCAGAUACGGUAUUCGGCGCUUGAAGUGUUUGGUGGGUGUAGUGGCCUGGGAUAG